CUUCCCUCCGCCGUUGCCGCCGCUGCUGCCGCCGCCGCCGCGGGAGACGAGAGGGGGAGGCGGCCAUGGCGGCGGGCGGGCCGCGCGGGUGGGUGCUGGCGCUGCUGGUGGCGCAGGUCUCCGGAGAGUUCGGCGUGGCGCGCGUCUUCCCGGAGAAGGGCGGAGGCGGGAAGGACUACUGCAUCCUCUUCAACUCGCAGUGGGCCCACCUGCCGCACGACCUGGGCAAGGCGUCCCUGCUGGCGCUGCAGGAUCAGACGGUGUCGGUCUUGUGCGCGGCCUCCGAGGUGCCCGAGGGCGGCUUCGGCAACGCGGUGCCCAUGGUGAUGCGGGGCAACUGCACCUUCUACGAGAAGGUCCGCCUGGCGCAGGUGAACGGCGCCCGGGGGCUGCUGAUCGUCAGCAAGGAGAGGCUGGUGCCCCCCGCUGGUAACCGGAGUCAGUAUGAGGAAAUUGACAUCCCAGUGGCCCUGCUCAGCUAUGCAGAUAUGCUGGACAUAGGACAGAGCUUUGGUCCUUCGGCCAAGGUAGCCAUGUACGCCCCCGGCGAGCCCGUCCUGGACUAUAACAUGGUGAUCAUCUUUGUCAUGGCGGUGGGCACGGUGGCCGUGGGUGGAUACUGGGCCGGGAGCAGAGAUGUGAAAAAACGCUACAUGAAACACAAGCGGGACGACGGGGCUGAGAAGCAAGAAGACGAGACGGUGGACGUCACUCCGGUCAUGAUCGGCGUCUUUGUGCUCAUGUGUUGCUCCAUGCUGAUCCUCCUGUAUUACUUCUAUGACCAACUAGUCUACGCCAUCAUUGGGAUCUUCUGCCUGGCCGCUUCCAUCGGCCUCUACAGCUGCCUUUCCCCCUUCGUCCGGAGGUUCCCCCUCGGGAAGUGCCGCGUUCCCAGUAACAACUGGCCUUAUUUCCACAAACGGCCCCAAGUCCGGAUGCUGCUCCUUGCUGCCUUCUGCGUUGCUGUCAGCCUGGUCUGGGGUCUCUUCCGGAAUGAAGACCAGUGGGCCUGGAUCCUCCAAGACGCUCUGGGCAUCGCCUUCUGCCUCUACAUGCUGAAGACCAUCCGACUGCCAACGUUCAAGGGCUGCACUUUGCUCCUCCUGGUCCUCUUCGUGUACGACGUCUUCUUCGUCUUCAUCACUCCGUACCUGACCAAGACAGGGGAGAGCAUCAUGGUGCAAGUGGCUGCUGGACCCACGGACUCCUCCACUCGUGAAAAGCUCCCCAUGGUGCUGAAGGUUCCCCGGCUCAACUUCUCCCCACUGGCCCUCUGCGACAGGCCCUUCUCCCUCCUGGGGUUUGGGGACAUCUUGGUGCCAGGUCUGCUUGUCGCCUAUUGCCACAGGUUUGACAUCCAGGUCCAGUCGUCCAGAGUCUACUUCGUAGCUUGCACCAUAGGUAUGUUGGCCGCCACUGCCGCCUCCCUCUCUGGCUGA